CACAGUAAACUUGCGAGCUGUCUGACUUGUAAAACACUGAUCAAGACAGGCGAGGUUCUUCACAGCCUCGGAGCGAGCGGCACCAUGAGCUCCUACUGCUCUGUCAGCUGCAUGAACAAGGGCAAGCUGAUGUCAACACAGUUCCUCAAUAAAGAACCUACGUGUCACUUCUGUAAGAGGAGUUCGUUACCACAGUACCAGGCCACGCUGCCGGAGGGAAAUAUCCUCAACUUCUGCAGCUCGCAGUGCGUUACCAAGUUCCAGAACGCUACUUUUCAAUCCACCAAUGGCCAGACGGGCCUCUCCACCACAACCAGCACCGUCCAGCUGAAGUGCAACUACUGUCGAGGAGCAUUCAGUUUGAAGCCUGAAAUUCUGGAGUGGGAGAGCACGUGA